AUGAUUGAUUCAAGUGUUAUCCCACAGUCGCAAUUUAACCCAUCGGCUGGAAACAAGUUUCAGACAAGGGACGAUGUCAUACAAGCUGUCAACGAGAUGUUCGAACCAUUAUUACCUACUUUCUCUGAAGGCAACGCUCGAGUGCAACUUGACGCGUCAGGGGCAUCAUUCGAUCGAGCUUCUUCUGAUUUAGAAGGGUUUGCCAGGCCACUGUUUGGUAUUGCUCCCAUGGUAGCAGGAGGGGCAAGUUUCGCCCAUUGGGAGCGGUACCGGGAGGGGUUAAAGAAUGGCACUGACCCCAUGCAUCCCGAAUACUGGGGGGAGGUUUCUUCAAUGGAUCAGCGACAAGUUGAGAUAGCCGCUCUUGGUUAUGCGAUGUUACUGGUACCGGAGCAUAUCUGGGAUCCAUUGGACGAAGAAACCAAAAACAAUGUCGCCAAGUACUUAAUCCAGGGUCGCAAUACUAAUUUCCAUGGAAACAACCAUAAAUUCUUCCGCGUUAUGGUCGAUCUUGGCCUGGACAAAGUUGGAAUCAAGGUAGAUGAAUCUAUGACAGAGGAAUACUUGCAGGAUUUGGAAAGCCUGUACAUAGGUGAUGGAUGGUACCGUGAUGGCGACGAUGAAGGUGACACCAGGCGUAUCGAUUACUACAAUCCGUUUGCUAUGCACUUUUACGGACUGAUAUACGCUGUGUACCGGCCACAGGACAAAGAGCGCUGCCAGAGAUUUCGGGAUCGAGCACGAAAGUUUGCACAACACUUCCAACACUGGUUUGCGGAUACCGGCGAAAAUGUGCCGUAUGGGCGCAGCUUGAUAUAUCGGCAUGCAGUUGCCGGCUUCUGGGGAGCAUUGGCCCUAGCUAACGAAGAGGCUUUGCCAUGGGGAGUUCUGAAAGGACUGUACUUGAGAAACCUAAGAUGGUGGUCCACGCAGCCAAUUUCAGGGAACAAAGAUGGUCUUCUUACCGUCGGAUACGCUUAUCCGAAUCAAUUUAUGGCAGAACGAUACAACUCCGCCGGAUCGCCAUGGUGGGCCAUGAAAGCAUUUACAGCACUUAAACUCCCUGCCGACCACCCUUUUUGGACAGCAAAAGAACUUCCAGUGGAGAGCCGACCAGAUGUAGCUUCGUUUUCGAUUCCUGGAAUGGUUUUCUCACAUCAGCCUGGGCAUACAGUACUCCUGACAGCGGGACCAGAAACUGGACAGCAAAUGCGAUGCGUCCCAGAGAAAUACAAGAAAUUUGCUUACUCGUCUCGGUACGGCUUUAGUGUUGAAAGCGACAGCUUAGGAUUUCAAACCGGUGCGUUUGAUAACAUGAUUGCGUUCAGUGAUGAUGGAAAACAUUAUCGUGUGAGAGAACACUGCGUAGACGCGUAUUUGAUUGGAGAUAUCCUCUUUUCUUUAUGGAAUCCUUGGCCAGAUGUAAAGGUUGAAACAUGGCUGAUCCCCAAUGGCCCAUGGCAUACGCGUGUCCAUCGUAUUACAUCAUCAAGAACACUUGAAACUGUCGAAGGUGGAUUUGCUGCACCACGUGUAGAUUUUAAGGCAGAUAUCACUCAUUCGGAUGCGAGCUCAGCUUGGGUCGAAUGCAAGCUCGGAGACUUCAGCGGCAUUAUGGAUUCCUCUGUAACAAAGCGCGCAGCAAGAGUCAUUGCGCCGCAUGGAAAUACCAGUGUAAUGUUCCCCCGUACGUUUGUGCCGCAAUUGAUGGGAACUGUUGAAGCCGGCCAAACAAUUGUUUAUGUUUGCUCGGUGCUUGCUGGACCCGAUGGUUCGAAGAUCAAAGAUAUUUGGUCAACGCCCCCAGCUGUACCUUCUGUCGACUUGCUGCAAAAAAUGUUGGAAGAAAAGGGUGUGCAAGUUGAAGUUGCAAAGCACUAUAAACGUCAAAAGAGUGUGUCCAGAACUGAGUGA